AAGCGGUGAAGUGAAAGCAAGUAGAUUUUUGCACAAUCUGAUCGAUCGAACUGAAAAUGCAACAAAUGGAAAAAGAUCUCCUCGAAAGCAAAAUUUGCCAUUUGAAAGGAGAGAAGUGAGAGCGAGUCUACAGGCUGAGGGACAGCACUAGACGAUACGUGAGCGAUAACAAGCGAAGUGAUUUGUGUUUGCGCAAAGCAGAUUCACCUUCUCCUUUUCUUCUGACUGCCACCCCAAUGUCACAGAUCCCGUUUUUUCUGCCUACCCUCUAGACCAUUCCAAUUUAUUCCUAUCAAACUUGAGCCAUUCUGUCUACUUUUUUUCAUCUAAGCUGUUUAUUUCCUAUUCUUGCACGCUUACAAAUUGAAAUUAUUUUCCUUGAACUUGAAGAUUAUAUUACUUUUUCUUGCGAUAAUCGUGACAAUUGUGAACUUUUGUUUUGGUCGAUUCGCAAUCGAGGAUAAAGUGUGAAGAAGCUGCGCUAGUACUACAAGGCGGAUAAAAUAACACAAACAGUCCACCUCUUGGCUUUUCUACUAAACUACUAACUCCUUGGAACAAGGAGCUACUGCAUUAGGGUGCGCGACUCUGUUGUGUUUCCGCUUGAUAGCUACAGCAAAGUUUUGCGCAUUUCGAAAGCCUUUUGCACGACGUUAUACGAUUGAGCUCUCUUUUUUUUCUUCCCGUGAGAAAAAAAUUACUUGAAAAGCGACAACUGCAAUACAGAUUCUAACUGCAAUCGAAUAUUACUAAACGCGUUGUAGCUUUUUUUUUGUUUCUUGAGCAACAAACUUUUUGAGUCUGCCCUGUAAAAGUAUCCUCCACAUCAAGAACGAGCGCAUCCGAGGACAUCCAGCAGCAAAAUGGUCCAGCACGACGGUAGUAUUCAGACCGACAGUAAUGUCGGAGGUCCUUGCUUAGUGAAGGAGACAACGAAGCCACAGACAACGACUUCAAGCCCGUGCGGGGGCAAGAUCGUGUCGUCUUCCCACCACCCGUCAACCUCCUCCACCAACAGCUUCAAAAACGUGGUUUUUGACUUUGACUCCACGGUGAUCAAGUCGGAGUCAUUGGAGGUCAUGCUGGAAGUGGUCCUCGCAGAUGAUCCACUGAAGGAGAAAAAAAUGAAGGAAAUCGCGGCCUGGACAGAGAAAGGUAUGAGGGGGGAGUUUUUUGUCAUGCAGAAUGUCAUGUCGGAACCUUGUUUGUCAUGCGCGUUGCCGUGGCAUACUUACUGUAAUGGUACUACACACAUCUGUUCUAUCUCUCACUAUCCACCUAUACUUACAGGUAUGAAUGGGGAGUGUUCGUUCAAAGAAGGGCUGGAGGCAAGACUAAAGAUCGCUUCGCCCACGCUAGCCGAUCUGGAGAAGUUUUGCCAGAAAUACUGCCCGAGCGACUUCUCUGCCGGGAUGGAAGACUUGGUGGCGGAAUUGCACAAGUCGGGGCACUAUGGAUUGCAAAAAUGUCUGGGUCUGGAAGGGAGCAGCUUGUCAUGCUAAAUCCGAAUCAUGCAAAAAUCUGUGCUGCAUGAGUGCCAAAAGCUGUCCACUUUCGUUCGACCAAGUUGGCAGGGAGUUUCUCAUGCAGGACAGGCAUGAUAGAGACCCCACAGACUCUGUCAUGCUAGGUCCCGCAUUCCAGACCUCAAGGGUCAUGGAAAACCUGCAUGACAAGCCUACACUCUUCCAGACCCAGACAUAUUUGCAAUGCAUAGGCACGAGGUUUUCAUCCUGUCCGGGGGAUUUAGGGACCUCAUAUUGCCGUUUGCAAGGUAUGAAAAAAGUGAUUUGUCAUGCUUGUCGGCUCGCAAUGGAGAAGGCAAUCUGUGCUUAAGCAUAUGAUUCAAACAGACGCCCUCUACAACUAUGUGAAGAUUUUGCGAGAGGGGAAUCUUGUGAUGCAGAUUAUGUGUCGUGCUCGUGUACCAACAAAAAACAAAAUCAGGCACUUGCACGUCCCAGACGAGAAUGUGUUCGCAGUGGAGAUAAAUUGGGAUUCCGAGGGCCGCUUUGACAGCUUGAAUGAGACAAACGGCUUCGCUAUGCAUUGCAAAUAUGUCUGGGUCUGGAAGAAUGCAAACUUGCGAUGCGCAUUUCGCAACACAUAAAAAUCUCUCAUGCGCAGGCAGCAAAAGCUGCCCCCUUUCUGUCUCCAAAGUGGGGCAUUUGUCAUGCGGAUUCGGCAUUGCGGGAGCUUGUCGAAGCCUGUCAUGCUAGAGCUUCCAUGCCAGACCUUCUGUGUCAUGCAAAAGUAGCAUGAUUCUUCCAGACCCAGACAUUUUUACAUUUGAUAUUCGCUGUGUCCAAGUUAGACGGCGCUGCGAAGAUACAGCACCGCUUCGCUGACGGUAUAGAAGUUGUACAUACUUACGUUAAUUGCAUAUGCUUUUGUUCUUUAGAUCAAAACUUUAUCGAAAGUUUCGUGAAUUUCACAUUUGACUGUCUUUUACCAUAAGUAGAUGGAUGCAGCCACCUUAAAAACUCCAGGUCGCACCGUCGCGAUUGGCGACGGGUUUACGGACUACAAGCUCUACGAAUCUGGGAUCUGCGCCGAUUUUAUCGCGUAUACCGAGCACGCCGCGCGGGAUAAGGUCAUCGCGGUCGCGCCCAGGUGCGCUCCGGAUGCAGUGACGCUCUGGAAGUACCUCCUGACGAAGCAGUGCGACAGUGGCGUAACAACGCGGGCGAGCACCACGACCGAGUAGGAGAGCUGCAAAUCAUGUUGUCCGCGAUCUAUUUCUCCUGCAGAACGACUUUCUACUUUUUUUGUGCGCUCCCGCUCAAGUUUUAUGAUGUACACCCAAACAACUUCUGUAACUACUUGAAGUGCAUCAAAGUGAACUACUACUCCCUGUAACCAUAGUCCGACCUUCAUCUACUGCUCUUGAAGUUCUAAUAGUACAACAACUUUUGAACAAUCUUAGGAUAAUCCAUUCUGCCGAUAGAACUGUGGACGAUUUUUAUAAGACGGAGCGAGAUCAUGGGUAAAAAAAUCAACAACCUUGUGAUCAUCACAACAUUAUGUGCAUCUUUUGUAGGGAGCCGCCGCGGCGCUGAGACUAACAACAAUCUGAGGAUGAAUCAAUCUUGUGCAACGUUGAUUUUCGUGCAACAGUAUGCAACGAAAAAAGAAAGAUUCAGAUUUUCAUCCUCUAUUGUGUAUGAGUUUCUUGCGCAAGAAUGAACUUGUGAACAAACGCGGCAUCUGACGAUGACCUCUGGGUCAAGAAAGGGCUGCAAGUAUGAGAAAAAUAUGCCGGGGCCGCAGGAGUACACGAGAACUUUUUUAGCUGAUUGUGAAAGUGCGAAAAGAUGAACUUGGAAUGUACACUACUUUUCAUCAAUACUGCCAAGGAAACUACUACACUCCAGAGCUAAUUGUCACCUUCGCACGCUUUGAGCGACGAAGUAGAGAACAGAAUAAAAUCUAGAACUCUAUCAUGCAAGAAAAGGCCGCUUCGUUUAUAGAGAAACGCAAAUGACGAAGCGGCUUUUGGGGAAAUAGUUUUCGUUACAUUAGAGUCCUACUUCUACCUCCACUUUGUACACGAACUGGAAAUAGACUUCCUUGCAAUUUAAUCACCAGCAUCCUAACUACGAAUGCACAGAGCUUUCCACUACUGGCCUUCCUUAUCUUCUGUCGCGAGUUGUUCUCCUCGCUGCGACUAGCGACGGAGCCGAUUGAGGAAUAAGGUCAAAGUUUCUAGGCGAUGAAAAAAUGGGUAUAAUUCUAAUCGACGAUACAGUGUACGAGGACUGAGUACAUGAGAACUUGCAAUGGAGCAAGAAUGAUUUCGGACUAUCAGGAAACCGCAAUUUUUUAGACAUUUGCUACCCCAGCAUCGCGACAAAAUUGAUUAUAUCUACCCGCGAGCUAUAUUGACAAGAAGCAAGAAGCAGGAGAAGAAU